AUGGCACUUCUGCCCUUCCUUCCGAUCUUUGAGAAGGAUCGACCAAGUCUCUCCCCUUUGACACAGCCACUGGAUUUCCUGACAAUGUAUUCGGCCGCAACCACCACCACCCCCACCACCAGCAACAGUCCUCUUCAAUUCAACCAUUUAACAAAAAGUGCUGAUGUUUUUCACCCCUCAGACCCCCUCUCUGUUGGAGGUGGGUUAAUAGCCGCCGGACGCGAUGGCUCAACGAAGCCUGAAUUUGCUCCACUGGGUCUGAACGACAGCUCCUGGGGCGACCAGUCUCGAAUUCGGGAUCAGAUUCUGAGAUUUUGUUAUUGCUUUUUAACCAACAUGUCCGCUAGGCGAGUGCUCAACGCAGGGCCACAGCGUCCCAAUGCACCAGCAGCCCCCGACGCAGACAUAAUGCUGGCACAAACCCCUCCAAGAAGACAUGCCAGGCCUCCACCACCCCCUCUGACUGACCCUACGGACCUGCCUCCGUUUCCACCGACCAACCCACAAGAACUGAACUCCGUGCCUUGUCGG